AUGUCACGAGCUGCAAAGAUGACCCUUUUGGGCACCUCUGUGUUUGCUGCCAGUAUUGUGGUGUUUGUACACUACGCUCAGAAAGCCGAAAAAGCUGCCAUGCACGCUGGUGUAGUACGUGAUGUGGAACAGCAGAGGUUCAAGAAAGAACAGCGAGAACGCCUGGCCGACUUCGAGAUGCAAAAAGCAUUGGAGCAACAGUAUCGGAAGGUUCAGAACGUCUCAGACGGAGGUGGCUUCUCCGGUUUAAGGUCUAUGUGGGAAGGACGGGACCCAACGCUGCUGCUCUUCUUCACUAUUGUCUUGGCCUCGGAAGAUCUACAACUCUCAAUAUCGACGCGCUAUUGCAAUUGGCAAACCAACUCCACCACUAUGGAGAAGGUUUGCGAUCCGGUAUUCUGGUCUCAAGAGUUUCUUUUCCAUCUUCCAGCACCAAAGCAUGGCGAUGUCUGUUGGGGUGUACCGCAUAAAUUCUAUCCGAUGCCAGAUCAUGAUGCCGAGAUCGAAGCUUUGUGUCGCCAGAUGCCGUGCUUCUACCGCGUAGAGCGUUCUACAUUGUGGCCGCCGGCUCCGAAGAGCAUCAAAUCAUUCGGACAGUAUUUGGAGACGCGAGCUGAGCGAUCGCCUGUGCCGCCAAACGUCCUCGAGUACAAGGUGUUUGUUACAUUUUUCUGGGAUGGAAUGCUCACUGAGGCUCAUAAGCAAGCCAUCCUGACGGCUUUCGCACCCCAAACCAAUGACACGGCCGGUACCAACGAUGAACCCAGAGCGGGCGAAGAAGGCCAGUGGGAAGAUGCGAGCGAUGUUUCAAGCAACACAAUUUAA